AUGGCGGAGGCAGAGCCCAAGAAGGCCGUGCCGCAGUCCAAGCCGGAGCCGGAGCUGGAGGCUCCGCCGGCGGCGGAGGCUGAGCCGGUGGAGGCCCCGAAGGACGUGACCGAGGAGAAAACCGUGACUCCGCCGCCUCCCACUGAGGAGAAAGCUGAUGACUGCAAAGCCCUUGUCACGGUUGAAAAGCCAGCAGCAGCUUCUGAGGAGAAAAAAUCAGAGGGGGGCUCUAUCAACAGAGAUGCUGUUUUGGCUCGUGUGGCGACCGAGAAAAGACUCUCUCUGGUCAGAGCAUGGGAGGAAAGUGAGAAGUGUAAAGCUGAAAACAAGGCCCAAAAGGAAUUAUCUGCUAUUGGAGCUUGGGAGAAUAGCAAGAAAGCGAGUCUAGAGGCUGAGCUUAAAAAGAUCGAGGAGAAUCUGGAAAAAAAGAAAGCUAAAUAUAUCGAGGCGAUGAAGAACAAAAUUGCUCUCAUUCACAAGGAAGCCGAAGAAAAAAGGGCAAUAAUCGAAGCCAAACGAGGUGAAGAUCUUCUCAAAGCAGAAGAAACAGCUGCAAAAUACCGAGCCACAGGGACUGCUCCCAAGAAACUGCUCGGCUGCUUCUGA